AAGUUGACAACUGGGUUUAGAGGAAAUUUCAUACACCACAGACAGCACAACCCAGUUCUAGGUAACGAUGAGAUGAAAACAUUUUCUUCGGCCAAGCUGAGCGCGCAGAUGAUUUGCCAAGCUCCUGGACUUUGUCUUACUCGUCAGUACUCAUUUUCAUUCUGGAAGAAGCUGAGGUUGCGUCUUUUAGAUUAAAGCUAUUAAAGGAAUCAUAAUUGCCGGUUUGCGUCCUGAUCUUCUGCUGAAUCAACCUUUCCUAGAAACAAUGAAUCAUUCCCAUCACAGCGUGGCACCUCCUCACCAUCACCCGACCACGGCAACCGCGCACUCCCACAGCGGGGGGGAUGGUCACAUGAUGAGUAUGCCUAUGACUUUCUACUUUGGCAUUAAGGAUGUGGAACUAUUGUUUUCUGGUUUGGUGAUCAAGACAGCUGGAGAAAUGGCUGGAGCUUUUGUGGCAGUGUUUUUACUAGCAAUGUUUUAUGAAGGACUCAAGAUAGCCCGAGAGAGCUUGUUGCGAAAGUCCCAAGUCAGCAUCCGCUACAAUUCCAUGCCUGUCCCAGGGCCAAACGGGACCAUCCUAAUGGAGACACACAAAACUGUUGGGCAGCAGAUGCUGAGCUUCCCUCACCUCCUGCAAACAGUGCUGCACAUCAUCCAGGUGGUCAUCAGCUACUUCCUCAUGCUCAUCUUCAUGACCUACAACGGGUACCUGUGCAUCGCUGUGGCAGCGGGGGCCGGCACAGGUUAUUUUCUCUUCAGCUGGAAGAAGGCAGUAGUAGUGGACAUCACUGAGCACUGCCAUUGACCGAGGACUCCAGGGUGUGGCCUUACUGAUUGCAAUGGAAAGCAGGUUGAGCUUGGAAGACACAAUUCCAACCCCAGACACCCCUUCGCUCCUUGUCUCCUUACACACACAAACACACUUGCUCAACAGGUUUAGAUUAUUGUCUCAGUUAAAGUGGUAACUCCCCAGACUUCUUUGCUAAUAAGCUGAGAUUCCUAUUUCUCUUGAGAAGCCACCCAUGAGGUGCCCUCUCCUCCCCCAUCAUCUUAGAUCCAAGUUAGAUGUUCUUGACUAAUCCAGGUAGCUGUAUAUUCAGUGACAUGAUCUCCUGAUUCCUUUUUAGUCACUUGGGGUUUUUUUAACAGACAAUAUGUGAAGUUGGUCAUUUUUUGUUCUAGGUAAUAGAAAAAGAUAUUAAUUUCAACCAGGAUUGAUUGCAUCUGAGGAAAAUUUUUGCCCAAGGUGAACAUUAGAAAACACGUGCCAGUUUGGGGACCGAAUGACUGGGAAAUACAUUGUGCCUUUCCCUGGGUGUGUGCGGUGCGGCACGCAGAGGGGUGGUUUGACUGAAUGCGGUUUGUGCAUUCCCGGGCCGCUGACUCAUCAGCUGUGAACCCACUGAACACUUUUGAUUAGAAUGAACUUGCCAAGUACAAUUUUUUUAAGACAAUACAUUUGAGAAAGUAGAAAUCGAUAUUUUAAAAUAAAACUUAUCAGUGUUUAACUUUGACUUGGUACCUUGUUUUGUCACAGCUGAAGGGAGCAAAUCAUUUUAAUCUAACUUUUCCCAUGGACGGUUCUCAUGCCUCUGCCUUCAAACCAGUGGGUUUCCAACUCUGACAUGUACCAGAAGCUCCGGGAGGGCUUGUUAAGACAAUGGCUGCUGGGCCUUCGCUCUGGAGCCCCAAAUGGGUAUGUCAGAUAAGUCCCAGGUGAUAUUCAUGGGAUCACACUUAAGAGAAUCUCUGCUUUCAACCAGGACUUUGAACCAGUUGAUACUGGUCUGACUUCCUGCCAAGAAUGUAUACAGAAGACUCAACCUGGAGCGCUUGUUAAAAUGUAGUUUCUGAUUCUGUACAAAGGGGGUGGUGCAAAUACAACUUUUCAGCAAGAGAUAGAUGAGAAUGACCUGUUUUGAGCCCUGACUUAAAUUCUGGUAGAGGCAACAGGUGGGUGAACUGGUUUGGGGCACAGCCAUUUGAAUUGUUGAUCAGUAGGUGGUUUCUCCAGACUUAACUCAUAUAUUAAAUUCUGCUAGUUAAAUACUUAAUCAUUCCAUGAACACUGUUCAGCUCCAGCUGUGUGUAUGUGUGCCAGAGCAUGUGUGUGUAGCCAUAGCCUACAGUCAGUCACUGUUAGAUCACAUCUUUACUUUUAAAACUGCAAUUUCGUGGAAGUAGCUUGAAGGUUAAGCUACACCUUUGCCCUGCAACGUCAUCAGCCAGUCAUGGGUCAGAAGGACAAAAGCUCAUCCUUUCCCUUUGGAGUGGCUCAGGGUGUGGUCUGCUGAUGGCCAGGUUUUCCUUACCCCCCAAUUACCUAUGUCCACACCAGGCAGCGCCUCAUCCUCCACGACGUGACCAUCUCUAGUAAGUGUUCUUGGGAGCUUAGUUAGAUCACAGGUGGCCCAAACCUCCCUUUAAUGAAAAAUCACUGUUGGAUUUUUAUCUUAGCUUGCUAGUCUAACCUGCAGUCUUAUUCCCAGGCCCAACUACCUCUGUAAAGUGACUCUCCCAGGGCUGUCUAUGAAAUCCCACCCUCCUCGGUGCUAGACCCCGCUUUGCCUCUGGCAGAGGAGACAAAGCAUGUUGACGUCUGAUGUGGUUUUGAAGUUUAUACUUCCUCUGUGGGUGCCAGUUAAAUAUUGGAGAGUGAGGAAGACAUGCUUUUCUGGCUUUGAACUAAGAAAGGGUUAUGAGGUGACAAUCGAGGUCAAAAUCCAUGAGCCAACAUUUAGAGCUUUGCUUUUUUCCUAUUCCAUCCUUACGGUGCUGACACUUGAGCAGCAUGAAUGACAGAGUCCAACACUAAGUAUAAAUAGCCUGCUAUUGUCUCAGGUGCCAAGGAGUAAUAAAACCAUGACAAAUAAACAAUCAAUGUUUAGCAGUGACCCUGGUGUUCUGGACAGGGCCCUUGUCAGGAAGAACAAUCAAGGCCAGUGGAGACUUAAGUGCUUUCUAUGUAUUUGGAAUUAACAAAAAUAGUUUGGGAUAGGUCUUGGAGUAGUCAAGAUAGAAUCUCAUGAAAAUCCUCAAUUCCAGAGAUUUUUAGACUAGGUUGCCAAAGGGCAAAAACCAUGGAGAAAAUAGUUAAAACUUGAUUCCAUCCUUCCUGGGCUCUUGGACUAAAAUUAUCUCAUUAAUUUUCAUUUUUGAAUCCUUGUUCAAUUGGAGUUUGAUGCCUGAUUUCUUCUAAACCCAAAUUCGUUUCCUCCUUCCCUGUGCUCAGCUAUGAAGAGACGACAUCCACGUUUCUUUGGCCCCUUGUAGUGCGGUCAUUUUCCCUUUCCUUCUGUGACUUCCUUUCCAUAGCUCAUUCUAGUCUGACAUUUGCCUAACCCUGCAGAUACUUGGGCUAUUGCUAUGCACUGGAUAUGGAUACGAUUCAAAAGCCCUAAAAUCUGCUAGAGACCCUAACCACCGUGCUUCAAGGAGCAGUUGCCCCACUGAAGUUCUGUGUGCUAAGGGCUACCUGGUACCAUCCCUACCAGUCAAAAGGUAUGACUUUUUGGUGCUGUCUCCAGUCUGAUGGAGGAACACCCAGCUCCACACUUUGCCCACAAAUGGAAUCUUGACUGUGUCCACCAGGGGGCUAGAGAUUAAGGUUUCUUCACUACCGUGGUAGGGUUAUCUGGGAUUCCUUUUCAGGUCGUGGUCUUGGGUCUAGCCUCAAGGGGGCAGCAAGGGGUACACUCUGAUGUCACUUGUUUUUGAUCCUGUCCUCCAGCUGUUGCUUCCAGAAGAUACAUCUAAAAAUACCAAGUCUGCAUUUCAUUUAAUGCCUUAAUCACUGGGUCUACAAUCAAUGUUGACAUUUUUAGAUUGUAAGCUCCUGGAGAGCAGUGUUGCUUUAGUAGGAAUGUUUUAACAGUGUCAUGUACAAAAGAACAAAAUAAAGAUUUUGAUUUUGUGA